GGACAACCGAGAAAUGGGUAUCGAACUGGGCUGUAGUUCUGUCAACAGUUUUGGCGCAGGUACAUAUUGGUGAUUGAAGAACAUAUUGAAGCUGGGCCAUCACUAAAAGUAUGAAAGAAAUUGAGAAAUAGCCACUUCAUUGGAUGAUGGCUCGAAAUAUGCACGGAGGAAUCGGUGGUGUGACGGAACAUUGAACAAGAUACAUGUGUAUAUAAGCUCAAGCCAGUUCAUAUGGAAAAGAAAAAGGAGAUGACCUUUUCGUGUAGGCAUGUUUGUUGACAUGUCAUUGAUCCCAGCAUAAGACAUUGAAAUGUACAUUCAACAUUUCGUUCCAUUCAUCGCCUUGGUGAUAUCAGGGGAGAUAACUCUCAGGCAACUUUGUGAGCAGCACAGGGGAGACAACUUUGUGCGUGACAGAAGUCCUGCACUAUAUUAGCUGUACAUGUAUGUCACUUUUUCAUAAACACCUUAACAAAAGAGGUUCCAAACAUAACUGCACUCACAUGGAAAUAUGACCUAUUUUUGGAUGUUUGAAAAUCAAAGGCUAGAAUUCCAGACCAUUAUUUGAGGGUUUUUGAAUAGGUUUAUAUUACACAUGUUAACUUGUGAUACAUACAUCAUGUACCUGUAUAUGGACUGAUAGAACUGUUGAAGACCGAUAUGGUGCAUGCACAGUGUACAUGAAGAGUUCACUAGAUGAGGGUCAGUAUGGUGUCAAAGGGGAAUGAGGACAUCCCAGCUUUUAUGUUCUCCCUGAGCGGUGCCAGCACCCCAUCCCAUGGGAGCCUCAUGGGGACGCCACGGUCCAUCCACCGUCAGCAGCACACUACCACAUCACCCAGGCCACUCCCCCAUCAUCUCCCGGGGCUGGGUCAGCUCUGUCUGGAUGAGACAGAGAUACGGCGAGUUUCAGACGAGAAGAAGAAUAAAAUCUACACAGACACGGAGUCAUCAUGGAAGGAAUCUAUCCGCCGUCAGAUGGAGGAAGACCUCGCCCAGCGAGUCAGGGAUGCCCUGGAGACUCCACCCCUGGAGAAAAUGGCGAAGAAGCGGCGUGAAUUACUGCAGAGACGUGGCAUCGAGAAUCAUCCAGAGAUCGAACGUCUCAACGCGCAAUUCGUCCUCGAGAUUGACCAGGAGCAAGAGUUUGUAAAGAAGAAGAACUGGAAGUCUUGGCGAGCCAACAGGUUUAUGCGUAAAAUGAUGGCUUUGCAAGCCAGUCAGUCUCGGUCCAAUUUUGAUGUGAUUUUCAAGGACGAACUUUCGCGCUCCAACCAUGCGUCUUUCCCCGGCGUGUUCGGACUGGAUACUAUGUCAGAAGGUGUGAAGGAUUACAGUCCUUCAGCAGGGUCAGGAUUGUCCCUGUUAGACAAGAGCCUCCGUAGGCAGGCGUCCACCAAGGCGGGAUUCCUGGAAGCCAUUAGGAAUGGGCGGUGUCUUGACGGCUCUGCAAUACACAGGAGAGCGGACGGAAGCUACGUAGACAAAUACGGAGUUGUGCGGACAGUGGAUGGCCCCUUUUGGCCACUGGAGGCAGGACCGUUGUUUGCCACGCCCAGGUUUAAAUGGGACACUCUUUUGCCCAAUGAGCCUUACUCCAUGGCAACUCGAGUGCCUAACCAGAAGACAUUUGACAAUCAACAGACGCCAUUCUCUGGCAAAUGGCGAGGGAUUCUGAUCGUGUAUGACUCCGAGAGAAGUCCGCGGGAGCAGAGCCCAUUGUCUGUGCCAGAGGACUGUUGUCCUAACCUGCAGUUUGAAUCCAGGUUUGAGUGUGGCAAUCUCAGACAGGCUAGACGGGUUGGUCAGUUUGAGUAUGAGCUGGUGCUGAAGACAGACCUGUACACAAACCGUCACACCCAAUGGUACUACUUCAGGAUCCACAAUGCUGUCCCUGGGGUCACCUAUAAGUUCAGGAUUGUCAAUUUCCUCAAGAAAGACAGCCUCUACAAUCAUGGAAUGAGACCAUUGAUGUAUUCAGAGAAAGAUGCCGAAUCCAAAAACAUUGGCUGGUUAAGGACUGGGCAUCACAUCAGUUACACUCGCAAUGUGAUGUACCUCCACUGUCCGUUGUUAAUGAGGGGAAUUUCCUAUUACAUGAUGGAAUGGCAGAUGGAGUUCCCUAACAGUAACGACUCAUGUUACCUGGCUCACUGCUACCCAUACACCUAUACAGACCUGAGAGAAGACGUGGACGCGAUAGCGAAGGACAGCAGUCGCUCAGAGUGCGUGAAGAAAGAUGUGCUGUGUGAAACAAGGGCGGGUAACUCCUGCUUUGUUCUGACUGUCUCUGACUUCAGUGAGAAAGAUGAAGACAAGAAAGGUGUGAUAAUCACUGGAAGGGUUCACCCUGGGGAAUCCAAUGCCAGCUGGAUGAUGAAGGGGGUCCUGGAGUUUAUUACUAGCAAUGACCCUGUGGCCAAGGAGCUGAGAAGAAAGUUUAUAUUCAAAAUCGUGCCAAUGUUGAAUCCUGACGGAGUGAUUGUGGGGAAUUACCGCUGUUCUCUGGCGGCGCGGGACUUAAAUCGUAACUACCGGCACCCUAGGAAGGACAGUUUUCCCACUGUCUGGUACACUAAGACCAUGAUAGAUAAGAUGGCACAAGACAGGGAGAUUGCCCUGUAUUGUGAUCUCCAUGGUCACAGCCGUAAGCACAAUGUCUUCAUGUAUGGCAACAAUACAGGGGAGGAUGACCAGGGUGUUGGAACAGCCAAGAGCUUCCUUAAUGAAAGGAUUUUCCCUUGGCUCAUGUCAACAAAGUCUCCAGAGAUGUUCACGUUUGAAGGGUGUAAAUUCUCAAUCCGUCGGUGUAAGGAGUCCACGGGGCGUGUGGUGAUGUGGAGACAGAUGAGGGUUCUCAACAGCUUCACCCUGGAGGCCACGUUCAGCGGCACCACAAUCAACAAGUCGGGGACGCGUCAUUUCAAUGUGUGUGACUUUCGUGACAUGGGGGAGUCGUUAGUGAAGGCUGUCAAGGAUUAUCAGAUGUUACAGGAGAAUCCAAGGCUCCAUGCUACAGUCAUACAGCAGCUAACACGGUUCAUCACGAGGCAGAUUUUAGAGUCACGUGGAUUUUCUGCAGGGAAGUUCCUUGCUUUGAGACAAAACCUGCAGAAAGCUCCGCAGCUUGUUUCGAAGGAGGCCAUUCAGCAGAACGCCAUGGAAACGCCGGCUGCCAUGGAAACCAAUAAAGACGGCUCUCAGUCGAAACUGAAGACAGAGGAUUUGGUUGCCAAGGAAACAACACCUGUGGUGAAGACCACCCAGUCAAUAUUGAAGCUUAUGGAUGUAGAAGCAGAGCCCUCUAGUGACCAGGAGAAGAUAACUCCACUCAGGCAACAGCCUAAGAAGGAAAUCUGGAAAUCAGAAGAGUCCACUGACACUUCAGCAGAUCUUGAUGAUGUCACUGAUCUGUGUGAUGCCAUCACCCCUGACAACAUGGAUGACUGCUUGGAGUUCUUGGAUCAGCUCAAUGUCCGCCACGCUCUGCAGGAUUCUGAUUCAAGUGACAGUGACAGUGAGUCUGAACCAGAGAUGAAACAGACGGAAUCAAAAAAGAAAAAGAAACGUAAAUCAAAGAAACAGCGUGACAAAGAUCGACAAAAGCGAGAGUCUUCACCGAAGAAAAUUCCAGCUUCUGAUGAUUAUCGCCCUAAAACUGUCACAUUACCAGCCAUCCCUGGUGUGGAUUCUAACAACAACAACAAAAAGUUGAGCGGAUCAAACAUACUGAAGAUGGACAGAAUGAAGACCAAGGAGCCACUGUAUAUUAGUAAAUACGAGGGAAGACAUAACAACGGCAUCCCCUGUUUCUCUGAGGAGCGCAGCAUGGAGAGAGCAGCCAAGAGAAUGGCUGACGUAAGAAAACGGAAGGAUGAGGUUGACAGGGAAGCUUCCUACUUUUUGUCCCAGGGCCCUCCGUACCAGAACUUCAUGGCCUUGGUGAGAUCUGGAGACUUACAGCGUGCUGUUACUCAGGAUGACAUCCGUCAGCGCUUGCAGGUGGCGCUGCACGAAGGAACCCCAAACGUGGCGCGGACUUUGGUUGGCUUGGAUGGACGGCCUACCUUCACAAAUCCAGAUGAGAUGAUUCAAAUAGCUAACAUCCAACCAUUCAACCUCAUUCCGGCUUCCAAACCAAUACCAAUUCAGCAUUACAACAGCAGCUCAUCGGACGACAGCGAAAACGGUUAUCCAUCCCAUCAUGCAUCAGCUCUCCUACAUGACCCUUCAUCCCAUCACCAUGAGGACCGAGAGUUUGUUAUCCACAACAACAACAACAACAACAGCGUCAGCUCUUCCAGGAGAUCCACAGUACCUCAGAUUCAUGCCUCUACAAGUGCUCCUUCACUGGGCAAGCACACAAGAACAGUGCACUCAGUUCAGUCUUCUACAUCAAAGUCGCCCCCACCACCUUUUCGUUCUCACCCUCAUCCCCACCCCAGUGCGGGCUUAACAGGUAUCCCUGACAACCUUCGUAUCUACAAGCAAAUCUUCCCAAACAUGCAACCAGACCAGCUGGCGGAGAAGAGGGUACAGGCGUACCGAGCAGGAGGCACAUCACUGCGGAUUUCUUCUCGAAUUAAAGCCCGAAGACGAGGAUCAAUGGAAUAGACAUGAAAUAGGACAGUUCUCUUAUAAAAACAGGAAUUAUUGUGCCUGACUGUAGUAUGUUAGCAGCAGAUCUUAGUGUGACAAAAUGUAGAGUGUGAGAUCAUAUUACCAGCGAUGGAAGUUCCUCUGAUGCUGAUAAAACAUAGUGCCUGAGAUCCCAUAGCUAGCAAUGAAAGCUCCUGUGAUGUUGACAAAACAUAGUGCCUGAGAUCACAUUGCUAGCUAUAAAAGUUACUGUGUUGUUGACAAAACAUAGUGCCUGAGAUCCCAUAGCUAGCAAUGAAAGUUCCUGUGAUGUUGACAAAACAUAGUGCCUGAGAUCACAUUUCUAGCUAUGAAAGCUCCUGUGAUGUUGACAACACAUAGUGCCUGAGAUCACAUUGCUAGCUAUGAAAGUUACUGUGAUGUUGACAAAGUUCAGCCUGUGAGAUCAAAUUUCCUUUGAUGGAAGUUCCUGGUGGUAUUGAUACAGUGUUACCUGUGAGAUAAAAUUGCCAGCGAUGGAAGUUUUUGUGAUGUGAACAAUGGGAGGCAUGAGUGGUCACAUUGCCAGCAAUGAAAGUUCCUGUGAUAUUGACAAUAUAUAACAUGUGAGGCCACAUUGCUAGAGAUGGAAGUUCCAGUUAUGUUGACAAUAUGCAGCAUGUGAGUUCCUAAGCACACAGUACCAAUGAUGGAAGUGCCUGUGAUAUUGGUGUAAGUUCCUAAGCACACAGUGCCAAUGAUGGAAGUGCCUGUGAUAUUGGUGUAAGUUCCUAAGCACACAGUACCAAUGAUGGAAGUGCCUGUGAUAUUGGUGUAAGUUCCUAAGCACACAGUGCCAGUGAUGGAAAUGCCUGUGAUAUUGGUAUAAGUUCCUAAGCACACGGUGCCAAUGAUGGAAGUGCCUGUGAUAUUGAACAAAGAUAUUACCUAUAAAGACCACAAUCUCAGAGAGGCAGACAUAUCUGUGAUAUUGACAGUUAUAUUGCUUGUGAUGGUUGUGCCAAAGAUGGAAGUUUCUGUGAUAUUACCAAAGCAUAGUGCCUCAUGUCUUAAUACCACAGGAAGAAUGUUUCCAUGAUAUUGGCAAAAGAGUCUAUCUUGAGUAUCUGAUUGUCAUAAGUGGUUUUGUGGAAUUUGCCCUGGGGCGUACAAAAUACAAUACAUGUAUACACAUACGUGUAGUUUUGGAGAAUUAGAUGUUUGGGAUGACAGCUAGCAAUGGAACCCAGUGGGUGUUAUUCUUGAUACGAGGAAGGUAGAGGAUCUCGAGCAUAGAAUGCACUUCUGGGUGUAAGAACCCUUUCAACUUUAUAGUAAGGAAUUGUGAGAGACUCCGUGUGAAUGCCAGUUCUACCAUACACCAUGUGUAAAUGAACACAGUGAACUACCAGACAUGGAUGCCAUUCUGAGGACUAUGACAGAGGAAUGUGAAUGUAAGUUGUAGCGUGAAUAUGGUUCUGUACACAUGGGACUGCUGAACAGUUCAGCCAUCCCAAAGACUAUGAAACACUGAGCUUGAAAGCACGUCGCACAAUGUGUCUGGCUCUGAAGACAACGUAAAAAUCAGACAUCCCUGUCAGCUUGUCAAACUGGGUGCGAAUGAACACUAAGCUUGAAAGCACGUCGCACAAUGUGUCUGGCUCUGAAGACAACAUAAAAAUCAGACAUCCCUGUCAGCUUGUCAAACUGGGUGCGAAUGAGCACUGAGCUUGAAAGCACGUCGCACAAUGUGUCUGGCUCUGAAGACAAUGUAAAAAUCAGACAUCCCUGUCAGCUUGUCAAACUGGGUGCGAAUGCUGGUCGUACCGUGAAGGUGGAUCUGAGGUCAAGGUCAAGUAUUGUGA